AUGGCUAGCCCAGCGAAGAAGCGGAAACUAAACGGCGACUCCAGUCAGCCUCAGACCAAAGGCUUGGAGUACUUUUUCGCGAAGCAGAAACAGACGAGAAUUUCCCCGACGCCUGUGCAAACUUUGGGUGCAGAACAGACACCAGGGCUCGAGCUGACUGACGAGGAGCUGGCGAGGAAGCUCCAGGCCGAUUGGAAUCAGGAGGCGGCGUCAGCACAAUCUGGGGGUCAGUUCGAGCGGAUUGACGAUGUGGAUGUACCGCAGCCAGAUGUCACCAACGCCUCACCAGCAGUAACUCCAAAACGUCCUGCCAGCACUUUCAGUCCAUCGCCGGCAGCAACGACGCCCAAAUUGGCGAACACGCUGUCUUUGCAGUCCGUCGCCUCCGUGGAGGACACAACGUCUGCCUCGAUUCCACUAGAUGAGAGCCCUCUAGUAUUUGAACCGUCAAAAUACGCUCCACAGCUCAGACAAGCCUGGGAAGCGGAAGGAGGGAACGCUUCGUAUGCUCUCCUAACGAGAUGUUUUGUCCUUGUAAGCAGUACACAGAGUCGCAUCAAGAUCGUCGACACUCUGGUCAACUGUGUUCGGGUAUUGAUCGAGGCCGACCCAUCCAGCUUGCUUCCGGCAGUAUGGCUAGCUACCAAUGCCAUUUCUCCGCCGUAUAUCUCUCUUGAAUUAGGAUUGGGUGGUUCGGCAAUUUCGAAAGCCCUCAAGCAGGUCUGCGGGCUCGAUGGACGUGCAUUGAAAACAAUUUAUGACAAAUACGGUGAUCCUGGAGAUGUAGCAUUUGAGGCCAAGAAGAAGCAGAGCUUUACCCUACGGAAACCAAAGCCCCUCACAAUCAAAGGAGUCUACCAGUCCUUGGUCAAGAUCGCACAUAGCCAAGGCCAAGGAAGUGUACAGCACAAGCAGAGCAUCGUGGAUCGCUUGCUACAGGAUGCUCGUGGUGGCGAGGAGAGUAGAUACAUUGUACGGACACUGUGUCAGCAUCUUCGGAUUGGUGCCGUCAAGACGACCAUGCUCAUUGCAUUGUCCCGAGCAUUUCUUCUGUCGCGACCGGCGGAUGCAGACUUUCCUGUCAGAAGCCAACAAGAGCUAUCUUCUCUGAAAAAGGAGGAGCUUGCUGAGGUCUAUCAGAAGGCGGAAGAGAUUGUGAAGGCUUGUUUCGCCAGGCGACCAAACUAUAAUGACCUUGUGCCUGUCCUACUGGAGAUCGGCAUUUCGGACGAGCUCCUUCUCCGUUGCGGGCUUACCAUGCACAUUCCACUUCGUCCAAUGCUUGGUAGUAUUACUCGAGAUCUGACGGAGAUGCUUACAAAGCUUCAAGGUCGAGACUUUGCAUGCGAAUUCAAGUACGAUGGCCAGAGAGCUCAGAUACAUUGUGAUGAAAAAGGCAAGGUCACAAUUUUCUCUCGGCAUCUCGAAGUCAUGACGGACAAGUAUCCAGAUCUCGUCGCCUUGAUGCCUAAGAUCCGUGACGAUGGUGUUGGUAGUUUCAUCAUGGAAGGCGAAGUUGUGGCGGUGGAUAGGCAAAACGGCGACCUGAAGACUUUCCAAACCCUUGCUAACAGGGCCAGAAAGGAUGUCGCUAUUGGCAGUGUUACCAUCGACGUCUGCAUGUUUGCUUUUGACUUGAUGUACCUGAAUGGCCAACCCCUUCUGGAUCGACCUUUUCGAGAACGCCGUGAGCUCCUCCGAUCAUUAUUUACAGAGGUGCCGUAUCAAUUCACAUGGGUGAAAAGCAUAGAUGCAACAUCUGAAGACUCUGAGACCGUUUCAGAUUUCUUCAAACAAGCAACCGAUAUGAAGUGUGAAGGCAUUAUGGUGAAGAUUUUAGACAACCUUCCCGAUUUGAUCUACCAAGGCGAUGAGCAGGAACAGAAUAGGGAUGAGACGGAAAAGCUUACUCUCACGAAAGUCGACGUUAAGCCCAAAGGCAAGAAGAAGAAGACAUCAGAUACUAACGGAGAGGAGAAGAAGAAAACACGGCGAAAGCCCCUGCUUCCAACAUAUGAGCCCGAUAAGCGCCUUGACUCUUGGCUGAAAGUUAAGAAGGACUACCACUCAGCCUUUGACACCUUGGAUUUGAUACCAGUUGCGGGUUGGCACGGCCAAGGCCGAAAAGCCAAAUGGUGGUCGCCCAUUUUGAUGGCAUGCCGUAACGAGGAGACCGGAUCCUUGGAUGUUGUCACGAAGUGCAUGUCAGGCUUUACUGAUGCAUUUUACAAAGCAAACCGGGAAUUCUAUGACGAUGGCGAGGACGGCGAAAGACAGAACACUCGGUCGCAGAAACCGAGCUUUGUGGAAUAUUCUGGGCCAGAGCCAGACGUGUGGUUCGAGCCGCAAGAAGUAUGGGAGAUGGCGUUCGCCGACAUCACUCUGAGCCCGACUUACACGGCCGCAAUUGGACUUGUCAGCGACGAGCGCGGCCUGAGUCUGAGAUUCCCCAGGUUUCUCAGAAAACGAGACGAUAAGAGCAUCGAUGAAGCUAGCACAAGCGACUUCCUUGCUGGUCUCUACAAAAAACAAGGAGCCAAGGCUGCUGACUCGGCAAAGGGUAGCCUUGAUGGGGAUCCGGAUGCAGAUUUGGAGGAUGUUUGA